AUGGCUUCAUGUAAGAAGGGCACAGCCCAAUCUGCCACAACCAUAUUUUCAAAAGAUAUGGGACCUCUACCACACAAUUUCGCAGGCGUCUUCAUCAACAACCAAUUCGGAACAACAAUCGCCCUCCCCACCAAAGCAGACUACCCAAACGUACACCAAAAAUGCGCCAUCAUCACCGGAUCCAACACAGGUCUAGGCCUAGAAACCUCAAGACAACUCCUAACACUAGGCCUGUCACACCUAAUCAUGGGCGUACGGUCUGUAGAAAAAGGCACCAAAGCCACAGAGAGCCUCCGCUGCAUCAACCCCAAUGCAAAGGUUGACGUUUGGCACCUCGACAUGGAAUCAUACUCUUCCGUUCAGGAAUUCGCUCGCAGAUGCAACACGCAGCUGGACCGCAUUGACAUGGUCAUCUUGAAUGCUGGUAUAUCUCCAAUGGAUUUUGCUAUUAGUUCUGAGACGGGACACGAGAAGACAAUCCAAGUCAAUCAUCUCAGCACGAUACUUCUCGCGGUACUGCUACUCCCAAUACUAAAGAGCAAGAAACCUCCUGAACAAGAUGCCCCGGUAAUUACCAUUGUCAAUUCAGUCAUGGCACACCUUUGCAAGGUUCCCAAUAAGUCCAUUCGUCCAUUCUUGCCGUCCUUUGAUGAUACUAAAAUCGUACCCUGGGAUCCGCAAGAGAGAUAUGGCGUAUCCAAGUUACUAUGCCAGUUGUUUACAGUCAAACUCGCUGCGCAAGUCUGUCCCGAAGAUGUCAUCAUCAACAUGGUCGACCCAGGACUUACAAAGGGCACUGGACUAUCGCGUGAUGCCAAAGGUCUAGUAAGACUUGGCGCAAUGGCCUUCUUCUCACUUGCUGGACGACCAGUUGAACGAGGAGCGGCAACAUAUGUCAAUGCAGUGUUGGGGCAUGGCAAGGAAUCUCACGGGUGUUUUCUUAUGAAUUGCAAGGUUUCGUCGCUUUCGCGCUGGUAUUAUAGUGAUGGGGAAGAGAUGACGAGGGCUGUUUGGACGGAAACUUUGAAGGAACUUGACUUUGCUGGGGUUGACAAGAUAAUUUCUUCGCUGUAG